AUGGAGGCCCAUUUCAUUGCUCUCUUGCUCACACCUCCACCCUUUCCUGCCCGUCCUGCCCGCUUCAUUCUCCCUCUUUCGCUCGGUCCCAGUCGCCUCGACGAGCCCACGACCGCGACCGCGACCACGACCACGACCACGACCACGGAAUCCCGCUGCCCCCCAGCAACCCGCCCGCCACAGCCGCCCACCGCCUCCGAGUCUAAAGUGACCCUGUCUGGCGACACAGCGUGUCGCCGUCCACCGGACCUGCUCCGGCCGGCCGACCACUCGGCCCGCCUUGGCUGCCACGACAACCACGGCGGCCACAACGGCCACGACGACGACGACGCCGCGGCCACCACCACCACCACCACCACCACGAGCCCCGUCAAUCCCGGCCCUCUCGAGCCCCACCGGCCGCCGCCCCUCAAGCGAGCCCGUCCCGAGCCCGCCUUAGUGGCUAUGCCCUCCGCCCCUCUGCGCUCGCCCGGCAACUCUGCCUCCCCGUUGCCCCGGCAACACCGGCAUCAAACGCAGCCUCAGCCGCUUCGAGCGUCGCCAAGCGAGUACUCGUGUCGACAGCCGGCCUUUUUCUCCUCGCCCCCCGCACACGCAUCAUUGCACUCCUUUCCUCCGGCCGGACAGUCACCCUCGGUCCAGCCACCAGAUCUCGCCCUAACGACGACAGUUGCCGCGGCCAACUACGCCUCAGCAACAGCAUCUUCAUCCCCUUCAAGCGGCACGCACACUCUGUGCCGUGGCGGCCAGUCUGUCUUGGCCGAGUUGGACGUCAAGCCGCAGCUGACGACCAACGGCACCGGCGACCUGGCCUUCCGAGCCCGGGCGACUCCGUCUCCCUUGUCCCAGGCGCCUGGCAACCUGUUGCUAUGCCACCAGGCGCGCAUCGAGAACGGACUUUCAGGCUUUGUACUGGGACAAGAGGGGCAGAUGGUGGGUAGCGGAGCGAGCGGCCGGCAGGAGAUGAUGGAUCCCGAGUCUGGCGACGACCUGCUGUCGGGUCCGGGCGACUACGAGACCCGCCACGGCAACAACUCGGCUGCCGCGGGGGGCGCCGGAGGGGGCAUGGCCGGUGGGGUAGGUGGAGGGGGCAUGAUUACCGGACUUCCGGUGGACGGCGCCUCCGGUGGAGGCCACUUGACCAGUCUGAAUGAGGAGUCGAUGAUGGUGCUGUCACAGUCGAUCGACUCCAUUCACACGGUCGGUACCAACGGAGGCCUGGACGGAAUGGAGGUAAGAAGGCCGAGUGGGCGUUUUUUUUCCCGAAUUCUCUGGCCAAUCAAAGCACGCCGUCUGGGGCCACUUUGCACCUCACUCGCCAUUGGCUGCCCUCCACUUUUAUAG